AUGUUUCUUAUUUUUAUCAUAUCUUUCUCAAAAGUGUUGCAAGUGGUGGAUUCGGCUGAACUAACAUCAUCACAUCAUUCUCCUUACUACGUUGCUCUUUCUCAGCUUGAGUUUUGGUAUAGAAAUGUUAACAACCCGAUACCCGAAGUAAUUGCUUCAAACCUAUCUCCGUUAUCCAAUGGAGAUUCUGAUGCUUUGUUCGCUUCUUUCACAUCACCUAAUAAUGAUGAAGAAAGUUAUUCCUCCAUUCCUUCUGCAGCUAAAUUAUGCUCCAUGGCUAACUUGGCUAGCACUCCAUUACAGGAAAUAUCAUUCCAAUCCCCCAAAGAAAAAUUAUCAUAUCCAUUUCCAUUCUUCUAUGAUUUAUUCGCUAUACAGGCUGUGAAAGAAGGUGUGGAACUAAGCACUCAGAUGUGUGGUAUCAAAGAUGGUAUUCACGGGGAGAUCAAAGCCUGCCUUAACUCCCUGGAGGGUUUGAUACAUUUCGCCAAGGAAACAUUGGAGACAAAGACAACCAAAGUAACUUUACUGACUACCGAGAACACGUUAGGAUUAGGAGGAAAAGAGCUUGAGAUCGGAAACAUCAAACCAUUCUUCCAUGAACAUCAUAAUUCUGGUCAUGAACAUCAAAAAGUUGUAACCUGUCAUGAACUUUGGUUCCCCUUCGCGACGUACUUUUGUCACAGUCUUCCAACAACUCAUCACUACACCGUUGAUUUGGUUGAGCCUGUUAUGAAAGCUCACGUGAACAGGGUCCUGGUAAUGUGUCACAUGGAUACAUCUGAAUGGCUAGCUGUUCAUGAGGCUUUUAGGCAACUCAACAUGUCUUUAGGAGAACGCCCCAUUUGCCAUUGGAUGACAAGACGUGAUCUUCCCUGGAUUGCCUCGCCGGCAACAGUGCAUCAGGACAUGUGA